ACGAGGCAAACAGUCUCUCCUCCUCUGCACUAUACGCAGACAAACACUCUUCACACACACUGCUACAGAAACAAGAGCAGAAAGACCUGGACUUCUUUGGCUGGAUAUUUUCUUACAUACGCUUGAAAGGUCUACUGAGGAAUCAUGGGACUGCUGAAAGUCUCUGUUAUCUUUCUUCUUUCACUCGUCACGAUGACUUUAGCACAGCCGCCUGGAUGCAAGAUCCGCAUCACUGACAGAGGACUGGAGAUGUUGAAAGCCGAGACAAGGAAUUUCGUGGAAGGAGAGUUGAGUAACAUCACCAUGCCAGAAAUGCGCGGUUCCGAGGGCCGCUUCCAAUACACCAUUAAAGAUGUGAAGGUCACGGAGCUGAACCUGACGUCUGACCUGCGCUUCCAGCCAGAGGUCGGGCUGCUGUUCGAGGUGCAGAACUCCUCCAUCACCCUCAACUUCCAGAGACGCAUCCUUUACUGGCUCUUUUAUGAUGAGGGAGCCAUCAACGCCUCAGCUGAAGGUGUCAACAUCUUCACAGUCCUCCAUCUGAGCAAAGACGAGGAGGGCCGUCUCAAGAUCUCCAACAUCACCUGUGAUGCGUCCAUCGCCAAGAUGAGGGCCAAAUUUAGCGGGACCCUUGGGAGGGUUUAUGACUUUAUCGGAACGUUCCUGACUACAGGAAUGCGCUUCAUCCUAAAUAAACAGAUUUGUCCUGCCUUGAAUCAUGCUGCACUAGUUUUGGUCAACCAGCUGCUGGAAACAAUCCCAGUGCGCACGGAGGUGGACAAUUACGUGGGCAUCGACUACUCUCUGCUGAGUGACCCUGUGGUGACAGAAUCAAGCCUUGAUAUGGAUUUUAGGGGCAUGUUUUACUCCCUUAAGAAUGAGAAUGACACCCUGGUGAACUACGCUGUGAAUCCCGUAGUGAGAGAGUAUAAUCGUAUGGUCUAUCUCUCUCUCUCCGAGUACUUCUUCGACAGCGGCCUCUUCUCUUACUUCAAAGGUGGCCUGUUCCAAACACGGAUCGCAAACGAACGAAUGCCAAAGGACUUAGAAUUGCUCCUCAGGACCACCUACUUGGGGACAAUGAUGAUGCUGAACCCGGCGCUGAUGGAUCAGCCUCUGUCACUGGAGAUCGAGGUCACCUCUCCUCCUCGGUCCACGAUCAAGACCUCUGGUGCCAAUGUGGCCGUCACCUCGAUGGUUAAAGUGUUGGUUCUCCCGGCAGGAAAACCACCAGUACAGCUCAGCAUCAUGACCAUGGAAGGUAAAUUCAAUGCCAAAGUGUCAAUGAAGGACAAGCGCUUGACUAUCCAUUUAGAUCUGAGAAGGUUUAAAAUAUACUCCAAUCAGUCUGCUCUGGAGUCUCUAGCUCUUAUUCCACUGCAAGGUCCCCUGAAGACGAUGCUGCAGAUAUCUGUGGUGCCUCUUAUUAACAAUUACAUUAAGCGAGGUGUGCAGAUCCCUCUUCCUGACGGGUUAGACUUCAUUGAAGAAGUGGUCGAGUAUCACAAUGGCUACAUCAUCGUGGGAGCAAACCUACACUUCAGAACAAGUCUGCGAGAACUAAUCGAGAACAAGCUGUCGGCUCACACAAACAACACAGUUUAAGACGAGAGAAGAGCUCUUCUAACAUUAAUGCAUUCAUGCACAGAUAUUAAAUUAUGGAGCAAUAAAUGGAGGUUUUAAAAGAAGAGCACUAACCUCCAAGCCGAAGCAUGAUGUUUGUUAACUGUACAGAACAUUUGAUCCUCAAGACCUGCUAUAAUUAGUCAACAUGAACUUGAAAUUAACCUUAUUUACUCUCUGAAUACAUAUUCCUGGUGUUAUUGUGUAUAAUUUGUCAAUGCACAUCACUCCUAAGAGAAAGUCUGACUUUAUUUUCAGCUGACAUGAUGCAAGGCAA